CAGUCUGCGAGAAUACUCCAGCAGCAUACCCGAUGGUGCAGCCCAUGAAAGCUGCAUUAUACUUCGACAGCGCUGACGGGUUCGGUGAAUGGCGUAUUUGCAUCUCCACCCGUGCGGACGGAGAUCUGCGCCAGAUGCGAAAGAAGAACUCGGCACUUUUCAAGAUCGUACUCAAAAAGAUCAAGGAGCUGUCCAACGGACAUUUCUCGGACGACAAUCAGAAACAACUGACCGGCACUGAAACGGAAAUCCCAAUACUCGAGGCUAAAAUGACGCGCGAUUCUCGCCUCGUCUAUCAUAUUGACUGUGUACCAGAGUUCGAAAGUGACGUGGAAAGACAAGUCAUCAAGAUUUUCGGUGUAUACACGCAUGCGCAACUCGACCGGCGUUUCUGGGAUGGCGUCGGUAAUCAGCUCGGUCGCAAGGGGAAAGAAUACAAGCGACGCUGCACCUUCCGCAAUCGGUCUCGGAAAGUAGCAAACGACCCGAAUGUGGUGCUACCUGCUUCAUUCCCUGCGCCAGUAGAAGUAGCUGUCACCUCUCCGUCGACUGGAUUACUGGACUUGCAUAAAGAUGAUCUCGAAAAGCUUCAUGAAAUGCUCGUCUUGGAGAAAUAUGUCACGUUCUCGCAAGCACUGCUUAACAGUAUCAUAGCGGACCAAGACGUAGCGCAUGUCUUCGAUGUGUCCUCCCAGGAAAAGCAGAUCAUCGAGCAUGCUGGUUCCUGCUACGUUCUCGGUAGGAGUGGUACCGGCAAAACGACGACGAUGUUGUUUAAGAUGUUAGGCAUCGAACGAUCAUGGCAGGCAUGUGAAGGAGCACUACCAAAGCCACGUCAGGUUUUUGUCACUCAAUCGCGCGUCCUAGCGGAGAAAGUCCAGGAGUUCUUCUCGAAGCUUUAUGAGUCGUUGGCGACUGCACACAAGUCUCCCGCUGAACUCAGAGAGCUAGCUGCUACCAAGCAAAGUCAGCAAGAGCAGGGCCUUGUGGACCUUGAUGAGGAAAUAGAAUGGCGUGGAGAUCUCCCCAAGUGCUACAGUCAGUUACAAGACGACCAUUUUCCAUUGUUUAUCACAUUCGAUCAGCUUUGCCGCCUGCUGGAGGUAGAGUUCAAAGACUCAUUCAAUGAAUUGUCCAAACAUGGGGACCCAGACAUGUAUGCGAACGGGGCGGGAGGCAUCGAGAAUAGCGAGGCUUCAUCGAACGAUUACAUGCAUCAACGGCGGUCAGCAUUCGUCUCGUAUGGCGUGUUCCUGGAGUCAUACUGGCCGCGUUUCCCUCAAACAUUGAUUAAGGGUCUAGAUCCGGCCCUUGUCUUUGCCGAAUUCAUGGGAGUCAUCAAAGGCUCCGAACAAUCGCUCGGGUGCAGCACUGGUCACCUCGAUCAAGAUACCUAUUGCAGCCUGAGCCAUCGCACGCAAGCAACGUUUGCUAACCAGCGUGACGCCAUAUACAAGCUGUUCAUGGCGUAUGCUAAGCUGAAGCGAGAGCGUCGCGAUUAUGAUGCUGCUGACAGGACGCAUACACUUCUCGAAGCGCUCCGUCGCCAAGGUGUCCCCGGUAAUCAGAUGGCCUUCAUUUACGUAGACGAAGCACAAGACAACCUUCUCAUUGAUGCACUCGUAGUUUUGCGGAUGCUUUGCAACAACCCCGACAAUGGCUUGUUUUGGGCAGGCGAUACAGCUCAGACGAUCUCUAUCGGGAGCUCAUUCAGAUUCGAUGAUCUGAAAUCCUUCUUGUACAGAAUCGAGGUAAAUACAGUCAGUGGUCCCUCGGCAUCAGAUUUCGUGCCAAAAAAGCAACCGCGAUCUUUUCAACUAGCAGUGAAUUAUCGCUCGCAUGCCGGUAUCGUCAAAUGUGCGCACAGCGUCAUCGAGCUCAUCACAAAGUUCUGGCCCCAUGCCAUCGAUAACCUCGCCGAAGAGCGGGGAAUAAUUGAAGGUCUUAAGCCGGUGUUCUUCACUGGAUGGGAUGAGGAUUCUGUCCGAUACGAACAAUUUCUAUUCGGAGAAUCCGGCAGCCAGAUAGAGUUCGGCGCGCAACAGUGUAUAUUGGUACGCGACGAUGCUGCUCGAGACCGCCUGCGUGCGCAAGUGGGCGAUAUCGGGCUCAUCAUGACAAUCUAUGAAAGCAAAGGGUUAGAGUUCAACGAUGUCCUCCUGUACAAUUUUUUUGCAGACUCUACUGUCGAACUGUCACAAUGGCGCAUUGUUUUCAAUGCUCUGCCUGACGAGCGAAAGGCCAAAUAUAAGGCUCCUCAAUUCGAUGAUUCACGCCACAAUGGUGUUUGCCGCGACCUCAAAUCCCUCUAUGUUGCGAUCACUCGUGCAAGGAAGAACCUGUGGAUCGCGGACAGUUCGGACAAAGGCGAACCAAUGAGGACACUCUGGACGGCGAAGGACCAAAUACAGAAUUGCACUCCGGGCUCUGAUAUUCCCCAGUUGGCGACGUCUUCCACUCCUGAGGAAUGGGCCAAAAUGGCCUUGACUCUGUUCAAUCACCGCCGGUAUAUGCAAGCAAUGCAUUGUUAUGACCGCGCAGGGUUACCUCGGGAGAAAGCAGUGGCACACGCCUACUAUCUGCGUGAGAUGGCAAGGUCAACAUCAGCCACAGCACGGGGGGAUAAGACGGCCCGUGCGGAUGCAUUUGUCCAAGCAGCACAUGCGUUUUGGACAUCCGCAGAAGCUGCUGUCAAAGAGAGGCGCACUUACUUUCGUAUUUCUGCGGAAUGCUAUGCACUCAGCGGAGAUGAUGCAAAAGCUGCUGAGGCGUAUCUCAGAGCGUAUGAAUACACCCUCUCUGCGCAACAUUAUCGAAAAGCCGGACUGUUCAGUCGGGCAAUUGACGUCAUCAAAUCGCAUAGAGAGGAAGUCGAUCCCAAGACAGCAGAUAGUAUUAUUGAUGUCUCUCGUGUUCAAUUCUUGAGAGUCCGCGAGCUGAGACAAGCAAGAGAACUGUUCGAAUCCGACGAGGAAGCGCUGGAAUAUAUGGAUGAUCUUGGGCUAGACGUUGCUCAAGCAGAUCUGCUCAAAGAAUUAGGAAGGGUUGCCGAGGCAGCGAAGCUUCAUCUGGAGGAAGGCCGGCCCCUGGAAGCUAUCAAGCUGUUCCUUGCGGACAUGGAGAGCAAGAGUUCCAAACAACAGGCAUCCCGAUGUAUGCUUGAGGGGCUCUGGCGCGGAUUGUCGUUUGGUGUAACUCCCGGCUCGGACUUAGCCAAAGGCAAUGAGACUCUGCAAGAGUUGAUUUGCAUGCUGCCCGCAUUAGACAUUGCCGAUCUGGACGAGGACACUCGCGACCAAGUUGCAAUGUUCCGUGCAAUCAUUUCUAAUAAUUUGGCAGAUUUGCUUCCACUCGCAAAUCGCUUCCAUCAUCAGCAUCGCAACAACGCUGCCACCUUAUUAUGCCUUGAUCACGUAUUCCGGAGCCUUCCUAAACUGCAAGUUGCUUCACUCGCUGAGAUCGCAGGGAGGCUGCAGGACUUCCUUCUAUAUGUUCGGAUGCUGCAGAAAUUCGCAUCUGAUGUGCAACCUUGCGAUAACGAAGAUAUCAAGCAAAUUUUUGGCUUCCAGUCAGCGACAGAGGAAUCUUUCCUGCUGCCGAAGGAAACCUGGCUCUAUGCCCGUUGCAACGACCGCCUCACUCCUACGUUCCGCAAUACUGAUGAAGGCGCGGUGAUCCUUCGAUGGGAGCUCAACAAGCUCCUGCGAUUCGUUUUGGAGGAACGACUGUACAAGAAGGUGCUAGGAGAGAAUGGAGAGAACGAGCUUUGCCGCAAGAUUCGAGCUCUGCAGCUUUGCCUUCCCUACAGUGCCUUAGGUCGCUGCACAAGGGAUCAUUGCCCAAGGGAGCAUAUUAAUUCUGCAUCUCACAGCGUCGUGUCUUACAAUCUGCGGGUUCGGGUGAUCAUGCAACAAAUCCUCAUUUACCACACUAUUCGCUAUCUCGAGCAUCCUUUCGAGCAAGGACGACAGAAGCGAUACUGGAUCCGGCAACUCCACGAAGCUCUUGAACCUCCCUUCUUCAUGAUGGGUUCACUUGGCAACCUCCGCAGCCACCUAAUUCCUGAGUUUGAAGAGGGUCUACAGAUUGUCAAGAACUGGCUCCAUGACUGGCUCUAUCGCCUGGUGCCUUUCGGAGGCGGUGUUUACUUAUCCACAUUCUUGACUUCAUUGAUACAGACCGCCUCCCUCGUUCGUAUUUUUGAUACAGAGGUCGCAUUUGCCAACAUAUCUCGUAACCGGUGUAUCCAAGAACAUCAUCCCCCGAGUCUACUGAUGAGCCGACGCGGGGACACGCAUGUGUAUAUCGUCGACGAUUUAUUGGCAUUCCUAGCCGACGACAAUUGGGCGUCCCUGGUGCAUGGGAUCCUGUUCGUUAACCAUAUCAUCAAGAACCGAGUCCCCAUUGACAUCGGCGUCUUAUGCAAUCUCCUGGAUUCGCUUUGCGGCUUCCUGAUCGUCUCAAAGCGCCUUCGGGGCCAGACGGCAUUGCACGAUAUUACACUUCCCCUCAGCUGGUUGUUGCGUAUUCUUCCGAAUAUUCAAAGACUGCACAAGCGAACUACCAAGAUUUCUUUAUACAUUGCACCAAUGCAGGAACUCUUGAAGCAGAUGUACACUGGGAUCGAUGCAGAAUACCUCCUCUACGAAGGUCGCAACUUGUCGAGCCUGCCAAGUCAAAUGAGGAGCGUGUUUAUUGCUAGAAUUUGCAAAAACCUAUGCCUUCUCGGAUACAACAUACCAUCAUUGUCUCUGAGAGCAGAUAUUCAGCACACCGUGACUUGUCUCUCAAGGUUCAGUCGAAAGUUCGAGCCCAUAUACGAACAGUACGUAACCGCCAGGCAUUGGGGUCAGCUUGCGAGCUUCGUUCGCCGACAAUCAACCUCUGGGUCUGAGUUGGACGAGAUGGUUCAGCUGUUCGACGCAACUAGAGCAUCUAUCACCCUCCCUCCCCUCCCGAAUGUACGACGAAUUGAGUAUCGCACAAUCGACGACAUCCGCGAGAUGUUGGCCUCUGGAGCAUCACAGACACCAAAGAGCAAUUUGCGAGCUGAUGCGUUACCGUUCACCCCCUCUCACCUGCUUGAUGCCUCAGAAGAUGAAUUCUCGGAGUCGCAGGCAGUUGAUGAGGGGGCUGAUGGUGUCGAGGUUGAUCCUCAGCUACAGAAUGUCGACACUGAGGACCCGACGGUCAUUACCGAGGUCGACCAGCCAAGAAAAGCGCCAGAAUUGCCAACUGAAAAAGAACUCGCCGCGGCGGAAAAAAUCAUGUCCGCUUUCAGGCGCUACGUGCAGCGACGUCGUCGCGCUGACAAGGCUCCUGGUCGCAUGCAAGCCAUCCGGCACCGUGUCACUACUGCGUUCCAGGAAGCCUCAGCAAGUUUAGAGUGGCCACAUGCAUGCUACCGGAUGCUGUUCCUAGGACCAAUUCCUCAUCUCAUCGUCUGCUUGGAAUGCGCUCACGAACAUCUCCAUGUCUCUAAGAAGAGCGCUAAGAAGCGAUUCACUACCGCCCAGCACCAGGACCUUGAGGACGUCAACACCCUCUUAACCAAAACAUCGCAAUCGAUCAAGGAAACGUCGCGACUGCAGGCAGCGCUUGAGCCCAAAUCGCAGUUGCACGUGCGACGGGACCUCGAAGAACUGAAGACUCUUGCUUUGAAGGUCGAGGAACUCAUCCAUUCUUUAACUCCCUCGGUCACGCAGGAGUGGCAAAGCGACCUCAAGAUUGCUAUCAAGGGCAUUGUCAAGGCUAAAGCGCCUCCUGCGAAGAAACCGAAGCCUGAGCUGAACGUGGAGGAUAUCGACGAUGUAUGGGGAUACAGUGAUUGAGUGGUUGUCCUCUCGCUUGCUUGCCUCUGAUUUGUUUCGUAAUGAUGUCAUGGCAUGAUGAAUAAUGUAUGUGCUCUGGAAUGACCCCAUCGAGCGCUCUAUACAACAACACGAGUCGAACUGACACAUACGCCUGUACCGAGAUUGGCAGGGCGUCUGAUAAAACUCAAACGGUGACCCCAUCGCCGCUGGCUGUCGCUGCGAAGGACAAGGUUUCUAGCUGCCCCCGGCCUGGACAUUCCUUCUGCAACGUCUCGUUGAGUACGCGGAGCUGCCCUGGGUCAAUCAG